AUGGACGUGGACGUGGACGUGGACGUAAACUUGGACGUGGACGUGGACAUGGACGUGGACGUGGACGUGGACUUGGACGUGGACAUGGUCGUGGACGUGGACGUGGACGUGGACAUGGAUGUGGACGUGGACGUGGACAUGGACGUGGACGUGGACGUGGACAUGGACGUGGACGUGGACGUGGGACGUGGACGUGGUCUGGACGUGGACGUGGACGUGGACGUGGACCUGGACGUGGACGUGGACAUGGACGUGGACGUGGACGUGGACGUUGACGUGGACGUGGUCGUGGUCGUGGUCGUGGACGUGACGUGGACGUGGACGUGGACGUGGACCUGGACGUGGACUGUGGACGUGGACGUGGACGUGGACAUGGUCGUGGACGUGGACGUGGACGUGGACGUGGACAUGGUCGUGGACGUGGACGUGGACAUGGACGUGGACGUGGACAUGGACGUGGACGUGGACGUGGACUUGGACAUGGACGUGGACGACGUGGACGUGAACGUGGACGUGGACGUGGACAUGGUCGUGGACGUGGACGUGGACGUGGACAUGGACGUGGACGUGGACGUGGACGUGGACAUGGACGUGGACGUGCUCGUGGACGUGGACGUGGACGUGGACGUGGACGUGGGUCGUGGACGCGUGGACGUGGACGUGGACGUGGACGUGGACGUGGACGUGGACGUGUGGACGUGGACUGGACGUGGACGUGGACGUGGACGGGGACGUGUGGACGUGGACGUGGACGUGGACGUGGACGUGGACGGGGACGUGGACGUGGACGCGGAUGUGGACAUGGACGCGUGA